AACGGUCGCAAGACCUCAUUCGGGGAGGGAGAGGUUGAGAGUGAACUUAGCGAUCCAGUCAGCAGUGUUCACUCACCGUCGGGCGUCGAGUUCAACGAACCCGAGGACGAGAUAGUUGUUGGUGCUCGUGCGAACGGAUUGCGCAAGCAAUCCCCUCGCAUCGUAUCUGAUCAGGAGGACGAAACCAUGGCCGAUGUCGACGACGAACCCAUCGUCUCUCACUAUCCUAAGCGGAAGCGCACCUCUAUUCUUAACGACUUGAACGAUAGCAGGAUCGAAGCACCCUUGUCAGUGCCUGAGGAGAGGAGGACACCUCCAGUCACAACGAGACCCAAGCCUGCACGGCAGAGUCUGGGUAGUGUCAAGGGAGUAACGAUUGGCCAUUGGAGAGACUCACCUGCCCCGGUUGAGAAUCUGAAACAUGCUGUUAUCGGCUUUAUCGAUGUCCGGGAACGCCUUCGAACUCGCAUCCAACCUGUCACCUUGACCGGCGAACUGGUACCCGACGAGUAUCCCCUACCCCCUGGCCCUGGUGGCAGCUGGGUCACCUUUGAGAGGGUUGUCUUUCUCAAGCACCUCGUCGGCCUCGAUCACUAUCAAGUCAAGGAGUUUGUUAGACUUCGUGCCGAUACAGCAGGGACUGAGUCGUCGGAAGAAGAACGCAUCGCCGCGGAUAAGGCCGCUGUCAAGGAGGCGAUAAAGCGCGUCAAGCAGAACCCUACCGCAGAGAACGCCACCAACCCACCUCAGAUUGCCUAUGGUGCAGAGCUCCCCGACCACAUCGCGGCCAGCCGUGAUCCCAAGCGACGAAGAACUAGUGGAGGCUUCGCUGCGAUCAAUCCGGCCCCCACCAACGGUGUUGUGUACGAGCACACACCCAUCCAGCCCGCGCCCGGCGGACCACAACCUAUUCGAAAUGUGAUCGACCCUCUCCCCGGAACUCGUCCUACGCGGAUCCUCCUGGGCUGCUGGGAAAAGUCUGCUGAACUGAACCCCAAGGACAAGCACGCCGUCUAUGGUAUUUUGGGUCAGAAUGACAUGUUCCGCGUCAAGCUUGUAAGAGAGACACGUGAUGGCCGAUUUGUUGACGGUAAUUUCCCAACUGGUGCUGGUGCUCUCUGGAUCCCGUAUGAAGAGGUAAUAUUCGAGCCUCACCUCAAGUCCUUGCCCCGUGCCGAGAUCAAGGAGUAUUGCCGCCGAACGGCAAACGAAACAAAGGCAGUAUACGAUGCCCAGGCUAGGGUUGCAGGAACAAGUUUCAAGACUGCCGCUCCAUUGUCUAUUGCACCGGCGCUGCCUCGUAUGCCGGAUGAUUACGAUUCGGACCAGACUGGACGGGCUGGCUUUGGAGGUCAUGAGCUUCGCCAGAGCCGCCGCGUCGAAGCUGCACGGGCAAUCGACGCUGCCAGGAUGGAGUCACGCCCUACACGUCAACUGCCUGCAGAGGUUGAUACUUCGGCUCAGCCACCGUCCCAAGCCCAACCUCAACCCCAGCCUCGGUCAGCCCCCGCUGCUGGCAAAGCACAAGGAACUGAUGCUAUCGAGCGGACCUCGUCUCUUGCCCGGCGCGAAAUUGCACGUGCCGAGGCUGCCCAAGGACGUGCCGACCGACACGCCGCUAACCGCGAGCGAGCUGUAGCCGCUGCUGCGGAUGCUGCCAACGCCGCUGUCGCAGCCAUCCCCUCGGUGGCGAUCAAUGGACGGAUGCGUUUCCACGAAUCGGAAGAGAUGCAGCGGCUCAACAAGGUUUGGGCGCGCCAGGAAAGCCUUCGUAUGAAGGCAGGAUCCGAGGACGCCAAGAUCUACGGUGGAGUCAAGUACGAACGCAAGGCCAACGGUCCCUUCAUGGGCAAGUUGGUGUCCCAGGGGAAUAUCAUCACUAUCGAUGGUGAGGACUAUGUGGAAUACCGUGUGCUUACCAAGCCAUCCUUCUUCUAA